CUCGUGUUGUCUUUCAGAAUUGCGAAAGUUGUCACUCACGACUUGUCUGCAGAAGUAAAAGCUCUGAUCUGCUCUGUUUGAUUUUUAAACACUUAUACACAGAGGAACAUGGAGGUGCGAGAUGAUCACGUUGGCAGACAAAAUGAGGUCACUUCAGGAGAGCGACAACUGAAUGGAUGUCUGAAGUCACUGAACCCAUUUCUACACCAAGCACAGACAGUAGACAAUGGGCUCGGCUCAACAGUCACAAACCCAUUUUUUACUCAAGGCAAAGACGCCAAUGGGAACACUGUUUUCAGAGACAACAACAAAGACUUCAUUUUAAGUAAUGGACUGGAAAGUAAUAUGUGGUCUCACUUUCCAACUUCCUCUACAACAUCACUUGAGAGUGACUGGGCUGUUUUCCCACCUCCUACUCUCAGCCAGAAAACAAACCACACCACAUUCCCCAAUCAAAGAUGGGACAUCGGCCAAGUUUCACACUCUGCUACAACGUCUGCAGGGGGAUUAAGAGAACAGAAAUCAAACAUUUUUAAACCUUUCGAAGAGGAAACCAGUGCCUGCCAAAGAAUGGUGGCUGAUGAGACAACAUCGGAGGAGAGAGAUUAUCUUUUAGAUUUCAUACUAGCCAAUCAAAAAAAUGAUGAGAAAUCGAUUUCUUCUUCCGCAGCAUCUAGUCAUAUGGAAGUUUCUGAUGACUCGUCUAGUUUUUUACCUGCCACAUUUAUCACCAGUGACAUUUUCACAAACACUGCUGCAUCUCAGUCGAGUGAUAUCUUUCAAGCUCCUGAGUCUAGUGUACAGAACAGAGUAUUUCAAAAAAUUCAAUUAUUUCAGAACCCAACAUCUGUCCAGAAUGGUAAUACUAAUUUAUCUGAUAAUUUCACUGUACAUAACGGACAGUUCAAGCCACAGGACAGCCACUGUAGCAAAAUGGUCCUGUCUACAGAUCUGAGUCAUGGAAUAUUCCAGGAGACUUCCACAUUGCCUUCACAUCUUAAUUCACCAACAAAUGGAGACCUGAUGUUUAAAAGACGACCUCCCAUACCAGCUCCACGCAAUAAGGCUCCUAAGAAUCCUGAUCAGAGUAUCCAUCAUGACAUUUUUUCAGCACCUGCAGUAUCUGUACCUACUGAUAGAAAACUUGCACAGACAUUGUUUACACCUAAGCCGGCUAAUCCCUUCUCCUUACCCACUGUGCCAAGAGCUAAAAGUAAUAGCCAGGACACCACAAUAUCUGAUGAGUUAAAGUCAAGCCAAGUUUAUGAAGACAUUCUUUUCAUCGGCCAGGAGAAGUGUGUGGAGGACUGGCCAGAGGACAGCCCUGAGCUUAGCCCUGACUGGAAACCUUCUGGGAAAUUUAAAUUAAGGAGGGAGUCUUUGAGGAUUGUUUUAGAAUCUGAGGCAGCCCUAAAUUCAGACACUCUUGGGAAGAAAUCCAGCAAAAAGAAAAAGAAGAUGAGCAUCUUAAGAAAAGGGUCAACGGAUAAAUCAGGAGAUGGCUCAAUAGUUCCACACAUAGACACAGUUCGCCCAGAAUCAAAGGAAAAAUAUCCUGACAGCUUGAACGGUGCAUAUGGUGAUGCAUUGCCUUUUGGGACAAAGUACCAUGCAUCAGAUGACGUUUUUUUGCCUGAAGAAGAAGACCAGAAUACAAGAAUAAAGAGCAAAUCAACGAAGAGUAAAAUGACAAAAUUCGUAGUUCCUCAUUUGAAAUACAGAGGAAGCAAGAAAAAAUCUCUUGGUGACGUUUUUGAAGACGGAUCACUGUUUCUACAAGACCCCAAGGAACCAAUGAAAUUCAAACCGUCUUUGUCUCACAGAAAAUCUGAGGAUUCUAUUGAAGAACUGAAGAAGAUAAAUGGACUUUCGUUUUUGGAGGAAUCAAAGGAAAAUGUAAAAGCUGAGAAAGAAAAUCGUCGUUUCUCUGCUGACUUACUUGCAGAGUACCAGCGUGAACAGUUUUCUCCAAAAUCUUCAGACAGCAGUGCAAAAGUGCAAGAAUUGCAAGACUUUCGAAAAAAGAGAUCUUUUAAAUUCACAGUUCCUUACUUGCAUCGAAAAGGAUCCAAGAGUACCUUGGUGGAUGAUAUUCCACAGAAAGGCAAUGAUCUGUUUAAAGCCAGUGACAUUAAUGGGAUGGAGAACAAUGUAUUUGAAGAUUAUAGUCAGUUGAGGAAGUCUCCUGUACAAAGGGUUUCACCAAUCAUUCAGAGAGACGCAAAGGGCCUAAAGGAUGCAGAGAAAGGAGGGGAUCUAUUUAAAGCAGGAGACAUUGCAGAUGAUGACUGGAUGGAGAAGUAUAACAUGGAGUCAAAAAAAGAGAAGGUAAAAAAAGGACGUCUUCCAAGCAGAGAAUCAAAGGCCAGGGACCAACUGUGCUUUCCCGAAGACAUCGAACCAUCAGGAGCUACUUCUGGUGAUUAUUAUCUUUCAGAAGCAGCCAAGUCGAGGAAGUCUCCUAUACAAAGGGUUUCACCAAUCAUUCAGAGCGAAUCAAAGGGCCUAAAGGAGGCAGAGAAAGGAGGGGAUCUAUUUAAAGCAGGAGACAUUGCAGAUGAUGACUGGACAGAGAAGUAUAACAUGGACUCAAAAAAAGAGAAGGUAAAAAAAGGACGUCUUCCAAGCAGAGAAUCAAAGGCCAGGGACCAACUGUGCUUUCCCGAAGACAUUGAACCACCAGGAGCUACUUCUGGUGAUUACUAUCUUUCAGAAGCAGCCAAGGCUGAGUGGAUGUCCUCCCAGAUGGAUGUGAGGCGAGCAAGAGCACCCACUGAAGACGAGGAACUGGAAGCAGUGACGGAGGAAGUGGAUGGGGAUACUGACAGUCUAAUGGAGUGGUGGAGCACAGUAGAAUUAUGGGACGAGUUGCCAUCUGAUGAGGAACUCAGCUUGAAGGAAGAUGAGACUAAAUCUUUCACUGAGAUUGCUGAAAAAGUUCACCAGGGUCUCAGAGUUUUCUAUAAAGUUUUCACUGAGCAUGCUGAAGUUCUGUAUCAGCAUGUGCUGCGCCUCUACACCAUUAGUGAUGACAUCAGCAACUUCCACCGCCGUGCUAAGAUCGCCAACAUCACAGGUGGCACAACCACAGCUGUGGGUGGUGUAGCAGCCAUCACUGGCCUGGCACUGGCACCUGUCACAUUAGGGGCUUCUCUGAUUGUAUCUGCUGUUGGGCUAGGGGUAGCAACGGCAGGUGGGAUCACAGCAGCUUCGGCCAGCAUAUCAGACAACGUCCACGACAUGAAUGACCGUAAGAAGAUUGAGGUGGUGGUUCAGGACUAUGAGACCCGGCUAGCAGAACUCCGGCGCAGCCUGCACUUUGUGGCUGAAGGUGUGCGCCGAAUGCGCUUCCACCCUCUGCUGCGGCGUAAUAAUUACUAUGCUGGUGACUGGGAGGUACGGCGAGCCCUUCAGACCAUCAGCCUGGUUGGAGAACCAGUACAGCAUGCCGAGGAUAUUGUGGAGAAGUCCACUGUGGCUCUGAAAAGUGUGUGCAAAGGCAUAUAUAGUUACUUUAGCAAGGAUUCGAAGGAGCUGAAGAAGGGCUGCAAGAAGGAGGUGACAAUGCAAGUGAAUAUGUUAGCUAAGCUGCUGCAUGAAGACUUAGUGAUGCUCAACUCCAUGCGAGAACAAUUAAUGGAAGCUAUGGGACAUGUUUAGAACAGAAAAUAGAUAAAUAAGGCAUUUAGAACAUUGUUAUCUAAGCUGUUCACAUGCUACUCAUGAUGGAAGAUUUUGACUUCUACGAUUGUAUCAUAGUGUAUUACCUUAAGCAGAGACCUCUGACAAGGAAGUCACAGGUCAAAAAAAUCAAAAUGCAUAGAAAAUAUUAAUAUAAAUGUAGGACUAUUAUUGGUUUCUACCUUUUUUUUCUGUGGAGCAUUUGAUUCUGUUUAGAUGUACAGAAACAUAACGUAACUUCUAUACUUUAGAUAAACAGUUUCUGUGGUUGGAGUUUUGGUUUCCUUCUCCUUUGUGCAGUUUAGUUCUUGUUUUAAUAAUCACUUCCACAAUGAGAAAUAUUCAUGGUAGACACUAUUCUGGGAUUUAGUUGCUCUUUAGUUCUCAUCUGUAAUCUGUAUACUAAACAUACAGUAAAAGACUGAAAAAAAAAAGGUAGGAACUUAGAAUCCUAAUACUUUUAUGUACAUUGUACUUGUGUUUGCUUACAUUUAGCAGAGUGCAACCUAACAUUCUCAAAAAAUAAAAGUGACCAGCUGAAA